UAUUUUAUCUACGUACUUUCCUUUGUCAAUAUAUAGCUAGCUCGUUUCUAAUGUAUCUGCAAGCUCUUGGAGUGCUGCUAAAAUACUUUGCUUUCAAACACUCGAAGAAGUUGUCUGCUACUUUAUCUAAUUUACUAUUGCAAGGAGGAAAAGUUAUUAAUGGCUUUUGAGUUGCUUGAGUUGUGAUUUCUUUCCAAUUUCAUUUAAUUGAGCAGGAAUUAGCACGAGCCUUGGAGUAUUAGUUAUGCUUAUAGGCGGAUGGUGGUCAUACAAAGUAGUAAAGAAAAAGAAGAUGAUUAAACAGAGGGAGAAGUUCUUCAAACGAAACGGUGGACUACUGUUACAAAAGCAAUUGUAUUCAAGUGAAGGGAAUCUUGGAAACAACAAAUUGUUUAGUUCAAAAGAUUUGGAGAAGGCCACCGAUCACUUUAAUGCAAAUAGAAUACUUGGCCAAGGAGGACAAGGAACUGUUUACAAAGGCAUGUUGACGGACGGAACAAUUGUUGCAAUAAAAAGGUCCAAGAUAAUUAAUGAAGGACAACUAGAAGAAUUCAUUAAUGAAGUUGUCAUUCUUUCACAGAUUAAUCACAGGAAUAUAGUUAAGCUGCUUGGCUGUUGUUUGGAGACAGAAGUUCCUUUACUAGUUUAUGAAUUCAUUGCUAAUGGAACUCUUUCACAAUAUCUCAGUGACCAAAAUGAAGAGCUUUCACUAACAUGGGAAAUGCGCUUACGAGUUGCCAACGAAGUUGCCGGAGCUCUCUCUUACCUACACUCAGAAGCUCCAUCUCCUAUUUAUCACCGUGACAUUAAGUCAACAAACAUACUCUUAGAUGGUAAGUAUAGAGCAAAAUUAGCAGACUUUGGAACUUCACGAUCCAUUACUCUAGAUCAAACUCACCUGACUACAAAAGUUCAAGGUACUUUUGGAUACUUGGAUCCAGAAUACUUCCAGACAAGCCAAUUUACAGAAAAAAGUGACGUUUAUAGUUUUGGUGUUGUCCUUGCUGAGCUCUUAACAGGUGAAGAAGCCAUAUCUUCGACAAGGACACCAAAAAUCAAAAGUUUAGCCACAUAUUUUGUUUGCUCCAUUGAAGGGAAUCAUUUUUUUGAUAUCGUCGACGAUCAAAUUUUGAAGGAAGUCAAGAAAGAAGAGAUUGUUGCAAUUGGAAACCUUGUAAAAAGGUGUUUGAACUUGACCGGUAAGAAACGGCCAACGAUGAAAGAAGUCGCAAUGGAGUUAGAGGCAAUUAAAACUUCAGGGAAAGCUUCUAACUUUCAACAAAAGUAUGAUGAGAACGAAUAUGUCAAAAUUGAAAUGUACGAAGAAUGGGAUGCUGGCUCUACCUCAAGUACUGGUACUACAUGACACACUUCAUGCAUAGACAGUGGCAUAACUAAUUUGUCUAAUUUAGACGCUCAACCAUAAUUAUUCUCUUCUUAAUUAGGAUAGGUCAAAUAUAAUUUUGUGCCGUAUGGAGUACUUAGGAUUGCAGAAUUUGCUGAUAUAUUCAUUGUAUUUUAAGAAUAAUUCAAUAAAUUUAUAAUCUCUGUACA